AUGGCCACUCCAGCGCAGUGCUAUUAUUGUUUCGAAACGCUCCUUGCUUCCUUCGAAGGCCGCGAGCCUGCCACUCUGGCAGCCGUAGAAGCCCUCUGGGAGCAGCACGAGCAAACUAAGAAGCUAUCGGACCUAGAAGACCAGGCCGCAGAAGACACAGAGCAAGACUCCGUAAACGAGACCGAAGAUGCUUCCCGGUUGAGUAGUCCUCCCUCAAGACUGCAGUUCCCCCGCGUCAGUCGUCUCCAAGACGAAUCGUCCGCUUCCAGUACGGCCACGACCCCGUCCUCUGCAUCUAAUACCUCUGCCAAUUCCCUUCAAUCGAGCUCCACCAAUAUCACCACGCCGGCUUCGGCCGGGUCGAGCUCGCACAGAUCACCUAAUCAGCGGUACCCUCUGUUCGUGACAUGGAACACCCUGUCACGGAGCGGACACAAGGCUCUCCGUGGUUGCAUAGGUACCUUUGAAGGACAGGAGCUUGCAGCGGGGUUGAAGUCCUACGCUUUGACCUCGGCCUUUGAUGAUACUCGUUUCUCGCCUAUUCCCAAAUCUCUUCUUCCUUCCCUUUCCUGUUCUCUAACUCUCCUGAGCUCCUUUGAGCCAUGCACAAAUGCCAUGGACUGGUUGUUAGGAACCCACGGUAUACGCAUAUCGUUCGUCCACCGUGGUCGUCGCUACGGCGCCACAUACCUGCCUGAUGUCGCUGUAGAGCAAGGCUGGACCAAGGAAGAGACGGUAGAGAGUUUGAUGCGCAAGGCCGGCUGGGAUGGCGGCGGCGGUAGCUCGGCCCGGAGAUUGCUGCGUGGUGCAACAGGCGGCAAUUCGAGCGCUGCGAAGCCUUGGGAUCAAGUUGCGGAUUUCAGAACGGUUAGGUAUCAGGGCCUCAAGGCGAGUGCUGAUUAUGUUGAAUGGCAGGAGUGGCGAGACUGGGUUCUCUCUCUUGAUGACGGGGCGGAGAUAUUGGGGUGA